AUGCCGAAACUGAAGAACCCAGUCCCUACUGGACUACCCUCGCCGCCUCUGGAGAAUGGAGUGUCCAACGGUCAUGUAGCGCACGGAAAGCCCCCUGUCGGACCUGCAGAGAUUCUUGCGUUGCCUAACUCGUUGGCGAAGAUCAAUGGCACCCUGAACAACAUGAUGCUUACAGAGCUGAGACCACCCACUGGCCCAGCAGAGUUGCUGGCCCUGCCCAACUCAGCAGCAGACCUUGUCACGAAGUCGGGCUUGGCAUCCACUGUGAAUGUCUCUGGCGAACAGGUGAAUGGUGUCAGCCCGAUUGAUGGCCUCAGUGGUCAUACAGGAAAGGCGAGUGCCUUUGCCCACACGGUAGGUGACGCUCAGGAAACACACAAGCCCAUCUUCCCCGAGGACUUGCUACCCACACCUUGCUGCACCCCUACCAAACGGUCAGCAACCGGCUCUUCCGUCCAGGAUAAAGAAGAACCCUCGCAGCCCGUUGCCAAACGUCAAAAGAGCGUCCGUUUCUCUCCCCAAGUCGAGUCCACCACCUUCAACCGUGGUGAUCCGCCCAGUCCCGGUCUCGUGUCACCAGCCGAGCCAGCUGCCAAGUCGAAUAGCUUUGCUGUCCCUGCUACCGCUCUGGAGAUUCAGGAUAAGGAACACUUCCAGCUCGCGCCCGAAGAAGCCUUCUUUCUCGCCUUCUCACUUGGCGCUCUCAAGGUCAUCGACCCCAAGACCAGAGAACCAAUCUCCAACGAGCGACUGCUCAGUCUUUUCCGCUCCUAUUCCUACUUCCCCCCCUCGGCUGGUCUUCGCCCUGACGACCCGUUUCUCGUACACUACGCCGUUUAUCAUCACUUCCGCUCCCUCGGCUGGGUGCCACGUCAUGGCAUCAAGUUUGGUGUCGAUUGGAUUUUGUACCAACGUGGUCCGGUGUUUGACCACAGUGAGUUUGGCCUGAUGGUCAUGCCUGCUUUCUCGGAUGCUCGGUGGGAGGAAUACGAACAUGAAAAGCCGAAGAAGUCGUGGUCUUGGCUGAUGGGUGUCAACCGUGUGCUGUCACACGUCUUGAAGAGUCUGGUGCUUGUUUACGUCGACGUGCCGCCUCCUCCUGUUUUCGAUGAGGCGAUGAAGGAGGGUGGCAUUGCUGCUGCUCUCAAGAAGUACAAGAUACGGGAGGUUAUGGUCAGGAGAUUUUCCGUCAACCGCAACAGAUGA